AUGGAGGUGCGAGUAGUGCAGUCAGCGGCCACCACCGAAUCUAUCGCCACCGCCUCGUCCGAUGCGCGACCGACAUGCGCGCAGCUCGCGGCGAUCACGCCGCCCGAAGCGGCGGCCCUCGUGCCCGAGGAGGACUUUUCGGACAUUGAAGAGACGCGCUUCUGGGAGGACGAGGGCGAGGACGUGGAGGGGCGCAUCGUCGUGAGAAUCGUCGGCAAGUACCUCCCAGCCAACGUCUUCCCCACAGACCAUGUAGAGAGCUACAUUCAUUAUAAGCUACACGAGCUUUUCUCAUUGGCCGGCCCCGACCGCCACGUCAGCAUCCUGUACAUCCACACGGAGUGCGAAUCUCUCAACGACAACCCGCUCCUCGCCUUCCGAGACAUUUUCCAAGGCCUCCCUCCGAGCCUGCAGCAGAGGGUCGGUGCGGUGUACAUCCUACACCCGAGCCUGUCUCUUAGGCUCGGGCUCUGGUUGCUGUCCCCGUGGCUGAGUGACAGCUUGUAUUCCCGUGUGGCAUUUGUGAGCCGGGUGGAGUUUCUGUGGGAGCAGAUACGGGAGGACCAAGUGGACCUGCCAGAGUUCUGCCUGGUGCACGAUGGCAAGCUGGAGGCGCACCCACUGCUGGACUAUGGCUUCCAGCUUGAUAGAGUAGCGGCCGGGCAGCACCUGCCUGUGGGGCUCUAG